ACAUCACUCGGUCUCAAUUCCAAGCUCUGUUUUUUCCUGGAAAAUUCUAAUCCUUCGUUGCAUUAACUCUCUGGGGUUUUGUUUAGUUUGAUUUUUUUCCAUUUGGGUACCCACCAAAAGAGUAAAGUUUCAUGCUUUUGUGGUUCUUGCUUUCCCUCACAAAACCCUAAAUUUCAUAUCACCAUCCAAUUCCAUGUUUUGCUCUGCUCAACUCUCUGUUUCUGCUUCUGCAUCAUCGUUUUCCUUCAUAUAACCAAGCCAAUUUUGUUGAUUCAUCUUGGCACAUUCAUUGUUUUGAGAAGGAACAGAAAAAGUUUUGAUCUUGUCUCAUUCGCACAUCAAUGGACGAUAAUAGAUCUGCUCAUAGCUCAAUGUUCGGUGAUCUAUCAACAGAAGAAGUCACAAGCAAGAUCAUUCUCACAGCAAUCAUUGUUCUAUUCAUGGCUGUUCUUUUCGUCCUUAUCCUCCAUCUAUACGCCAAACUCUACUGGUGGAGAAUAGAUCAGCUCCAACAACAGCAACAGCAACAGCAAGAGCAAGAACAAGAAGAAGACCAAUCAUCCAUUGCUCCGCCUGUAGUCACUCGCCGUCAGCGACGCCGUUUCAUCUUCGUCCCAGGCCAAGACGCUCUAUCCAACACUGGACUUACCUCUUUUGAACUCAGUUCCUUACCAAUUGUCUUUUUCAGACAAGAUAGUUGCAAAGAUGGUUUGGAAUGCUCUAUUUGUUUGUCUGAGCUUGUUAAAGGAGAUAAAGCUAGGCUGCUUCCAAAGUGUAACCAUAGCUUCCAUGUUGAGUGUAUUGACAUGUGGUUUCAGUCUCACUCUACUUGUCCGAUUUGUAGAAACACGGUUCUUGGUCCUGAGCAAGCUAGCUCAAAGAGAGUUGAACAAGUUCCAGACAAUGCAGAUCAUGCUGGUAGCACCAAUAACAACCAUGAUGCUUUGUCACAAAUUUCAACUUCUUCUCCGGAAUUUCCCACCAAUGUCUUGGUAUGGGGUCGCCAGGAUCAGGUUAGUACCGGAAACAACAAUGUGGGGCCUCAAGAAGACGGUGCUGCUGGUAAUGGUGCUUCUCAGAGUCAAGAAGCUGUUGUUCUGGAUAUCAAUGAUUCUUCCGUAAGAAGUCAGAAUGUAUCAUCUUCGUCGUCAUCUAUGAGGUUUAUUGUUGAGGAGGAAGAAGCAAAAUCUCCAAUGACAACGAGGUUGAGGUCUUUAAGGAGGUUUUUAAGCAGAGACAAGAGAGUGGCUUGUAGCAAUAGUAGUACUAGUAGUAGUAGCAGCUCCAAUGUUGCUGCUUCUGUUGAUCCUUGAAGAUUGUUAUUAGAUUAGCUGAGUGAGAUUGCCUGAAGAUGUCAAACUGUGUAUGUGGUCUCGGCUCUUUAUUGGCUGUGUUUGAGAGCUUUCUUUGUCAUCCAAGUAAAUCAUUUAUGUAUUC